CAGACUCCAGACCUGAGCCAGCCCCCAGAGGAAUGUCAGUCAAGAGCGACUCCUCCAUGGACAGGCCCAUUUUAUUCAAUAAAGAGUCGCCCUCGACCAAUCAGAGCUCUGAGACAGACUCCAGACCUGAGCCAGCCCCCAGAGGAAUGUCAGUCAAGAGCGACUCCUCCAUGGACAGGCCCAUUUUCUUCAGUAAAGAGUCGCCCUCGACCAAUCAGAGCUCUGAGACAGACUCCAGACCUGAGCCAGCCCCCAGAGGAAUGUCAGUCAAGAGCGACUUCUCCAUGGAGCUGCCCAUUUUCUUCAGUAAAGAGCCGCCCUCGGCCAAUCAGAGCUCUGAGACAGACUCCAGACCUGAGCCAGCCCCCAGAGGAAUGUCAGUCAAGAGCGACUCCUCCAUGGAACAAGGCAUUUUAUUCAAAAGAGAAACGCCCUCGGCCAAUCAGAGGGACAAACCUCGCACCUCUGUGGCAGCUAGAAAUUCUGCGAUGGAAACCAUUCCAGAAGGAGAUUCUACUUAUAAGAGUUCGAUAGAGACUGACAAUGGAUUUGUUUUUAAGAAACUGGAGGAGCGCAUUUUAAGUUUUGUGCAAGUUGAGCUGAGUAAGUUACAGGAAGUUCUAACGGCAGAGGAACCUUUGGCACUGGAGGAGGACGACGAGGCAGGAAUUAAAGAGGCCUUUCUGAAGAUCGCCCUGAACUUCCUGAAGAGUUUGAAGCAGCACAAAAUGGCCGAGCGUCUGGACAACAGACAAUGUGCUUCCAAAUGUCAAAGUGAACUGAAGUGUGAUCUGCAGCGGAGGUUCAGCCGUGUGUUUGAGGGCGUGGCUAAAGCAGGAGACUCCGCCCCCCUGAACCAGAUCUACACAGAGCCCUACAUCACAGAGGGCGGAGCCUCAGAGGUCAACCAGGAACAUGAGGUCAGACUCGUGGAGACGGCGUCCAGGAGACCGUCCACUCUAGAGACCGUCACAUAUGAAAACAUCUUUAAAUCACAAUCACCACAGCCAAUCAGAUUUGUGCUGACGAAGGGUGUGGCUGGUGUGGGGAAAACAGUGCUGACUCAGAAGUUCAGUCUGGACUGGGCUGAAGGCCGGGCCCACCAGGACCUGCAGCUUGUGUUCCCGUUCACUUUCAGAGAGCUCAAUGUGCUCAGAGGCACACGGUUUAGUCUGGUGGGUCUGCUGCAUCACUUCUUCAGUCCAUCCAAAGUUCUCCGCAGCCUCCAACGGCUCCAGGUGCUCUUCAUCUUUGACGGUCUGGACGAGUGCAGACUUCCUCUGAACUUCAGUCAAACCCGGGUCCUGAGCGACCCCACAGAGUCCGCCUCAGUGCACGUGGUGCUGGUGAACCUCAUCAGGGGGAACCUGCUUCCCUCUGCUCGCGUCUGGAUAACCACACGACCCGCCGCGGCCAAUCAGAUCCCUGCUGAGUGCGUCUCCAUGGUGACAGAGGUGCGCGGGUUCACCGACCUGCAGAAGGAGCAGUACUUCAGGAAGAGAUUCAGAGACGAAGCCGACACAAUCAUCUCCCACAUCAAGAGCAUCCGCAGCCUUUACAUCAUGUGCCACAUGCCGAUCUUCUGCUGGAUCCUCUCCACAGUUCUACAGAAGCUUCUGGAACAAACAGAGAGAUCAGAGCUGCCCUGGACUCUCACACAGAUGUACAUCCACUUCCUGGUGGUGCAGGCCAAAGUCCAGAACAUCAAGUAUCAACAGGGAUCAGGGGUGGACCUUCACUGGACUCCAGAGACCAGGGAGAUGGUUCGGUCUCUUGGAAAAGUGGCCUUUGAGCAGCUGCAGAAAGGAAACCUGAUCUUCUACGAGAGUGACCUGAGCGAGUGUGGGCUGGACGCUGCAGCGGCCUCAGUGUACUCCGGAGUGUUCACACAGGUCUUUAGAGAGGAGCCAGGCCUGUACCAUGACAAGGUCUACAGCUUCAUCCAUCUGAGUGUGCAGGAGUUUCUGGCUGCUCUUCACGUGCAUCAGACCUUCUUCAGCUCUGGAGUGAACCUGCUACAGAAGAGACGGCUUUCUCUGUAUCUAGGCAUAGGAAGAACAAAUACUGAAGCAGCCUUCUACCGCUCUGCUGUGGACCAGGCCUUACAGAGUCCAGAUGGACACCUGGACCUGUUCCUGCGCUUCCUCCUGGGGCUGUCUCUGGAGGAGAACCAGAAGCUGCUGCGAGGUCUGACGACUCACAAAACAAGUUCACAAAACAACCAGAUGACUAUUGACUACAUCAACCAGAAGCUGGAUGAAGGCUUUUCUCCAGACAGGAGCCUAAACCUGCUCUACUGUCUGAAUGAACUCAACGACCACAGUCUAGUGCAGCAGAUACAGGAGGCCAUGAGAACAGGACUUCUCUGUAGUAAAAGUAUGUCCCCUGCUGAUUGGUCGGCCCUGUCCUUCCUCCUACUGUCUUCAGACUCAGAUCUGGAAGUGUUUGACUUGAGGAAAUAUUGUGCCUCAGAGGACGCUCUCCUGGGUCUGCUGCCGGUGGUCAGAGCCUCCACCAAAGCCCUUCUUUGUGGCUGUGGCCUGUCGCCUCGCAGCUGUGGUCCUCUGGCCUCAGUCCUCAGCUCCUCCAGCCUCUCACACAUCUGGAUCUCAGUGACAACGACCUCCAGGACUCAGGAUUUGUCUGGAUGCCUGAUCACAGAGGAGGGCUGUGCACAUCUGGCCUCGGUUCUGAACUCAAACCCCUCAAUUUUGAGAGAGAUGGAUUUGAGGUACAACCAUCCAGGAGAGAGAGGGGCACAGCUCCUGCAGGCUCUGACCGAGGAGCCCCGCUGCAGCCUACGCACAGUCAGACUGGACCCCCGUGGACCACAGUGGUUAAAACCAGGUGUGAAGAAGUACUUCGUUGGUCUCACGUGGGACUUGAACUCUGUCCACCCCAGACUGAGGUUCUCUGAUAAGAAAACCGCAGUUCGACUGGUUCUAUCAGCUGCUGUGUGUGCAGAGGAGCUGUGCAGGCGCAGCUACUUCCUGGUGCAGUGGAGCGGACGUGUUCAUGUGGCUGUGACGUACAGAGGACUGCAGAGGAAAGGGAAGGGACCUUCCUCCGUUUUAGGAGGAAAUGACCAGUCCUGGAGCCUCUUCUGCUCUGAUGAAGGCUUCUCUGUUUGGCACAAUAAUCAGGAGACAGUCCUGCAGAAAGAACCCGACUGUCGGACUGUGGGGGUGUACGUGGACUCAGAGGCCGGGGUCCUGUCCUUCUACUGUGUGUCCGACACUCUGACCCUGCUCCACAGCUUCAGCACUGACUUCACUCAGCCGCUGGUCCCUGCCUUUGGUUUCAUGUUCAACUCUCAGGGGAGCACCCUGUCUGAUACUGUGGGCAGUGAGGUAGGACCCCCCAAGGAACAGUCCUGUCUCCACUUCUGUUCUCCUCUGAUUUCAGUACAGCUCCGAGUCCUGCACCUGCAGAAGUUUUCUGACUCUAUAGUGACAGGGUGUAUCAGAGAUAAACAGGUGCUGGGACAGGUGCUGGGACAGGUGCUGGGACAGGUGCUGGAGGACAGGACACUGAUUGUAAACUUUGUGGACUGCUCCCAGACAAACCAUCUGCUCCUGAACGUCGAUAAGACCAAGGACCUGAUGAAGACUUGA